AUGGAAGUGAUAACUUCAAAUGACCAAAAUUUGUUAAACAAUCCAUUAUCUCAAGUUAAAAAAGCUAAACAGGAACAUCAAGAUAUAACUGGUACUGAAAUACCUCUACCGAAUUAUUAUCCACAGCUACGUGAAAGUCCAUUGCCAUAUGAUUUUCAACAAAGUGGUUAUCCAUUUUGUACUCUCUCAACAACAAUGACACCAUCAUCACCAACAUUAUCGAUAUCAUCAUCCCCGAAUUCUACUGCUUUCGCAAGAUCUUCAUCAACAACAUCUCUUCCUAACAAGUCAUCAUCACAGCCUAUAAAUUAUGGUUCAAAUGGACCAGACUGUUUAGUGAUUUUAGAUAUUUGUACAUCUGGUCGACAGCAUGAUGAAACAGGUUCCGAUGAACAUCCAAUUAUGUUAUUGACUGCGAAAAUCUAUCAACUAAAACAAAAUGAUCAAGAUGGUGAAGAAUUUCAACAGUUUAUUAAACCUUGUCAAAUAAUCUGUCAUGAUUCUAAAGAGUUUAGUAUGUCAAAAAUUAAAAAAUCGUAUGUUAAGUUAGAAAGUGAUGAGAUUUGUCCACAAGAUGAUACUAACAGUUCAUUGACAGAUGUAAUAAUUCAGUCUAAUGUUAAUGGAGAAAACUAUAGUAUGAAAAUGAUUGGACCAACUGAAGAGUGCCUAGAAGUGACGUCAGUAAAUACUCAAAUUCUAACCGAAGCUCCACUACUUGAAAACGUUUUAAAAGAUUUCAACCAGUGGAUUCAAGACAAUAAUCUGUAUUGUUUCCGAAAUGAUCAUUCUACGGUGAACGAUAGACAUCUUGAUCAGGAUUCUCCUCCAUAUUGCUGCUCAACUGCUAAUUCUAGAACUACCAUUAAUACUAAUAAAACCACUACGGAGAAAAUGGAAUGUGAUGAAAAUUUGAAAAGUUUUCUCUUGCUAGUUGAUGGACCGUACGGUAUACGUUUAACACUUCAUCCAGAAACUACAACAAAAUCAAUUGACAUUACAAAUUAUCCUUAUUUUUAUCAAUUUAUUGAUAUAAGAAAAUCUUUUGCAAAAUUCUAUAAACUUGCUACUAUUCCAAAUACAAUUAAUGAAAUGAUCGAAUACUUACAAAUAGACGAUGAUUAUUCACCACCCUAUUCAAAUAUUCAACUUAAAGAAUCAUUCUUGUUAAAAUCUCAACUUGAGAAGAUUGAUAAUCACUAUGAAUAUCAGUACUGUAAUUCAGAAAUACAACUACCAAGAAAUAUUGCUACCACUACAAAUCUUCCACAAGAUCAUUUUAUUCCUUCGACAGUAGAAGAACCAUGUAUAUCAAAUCAAGAUUAUCAACAGUUCAAUUCCAAGUUGAUUGGAUUAAAAAGUCAACCAGGUUAUUGGCCUACACAACACUGUCGAAUUUUAGCAAAAGUAAUACAGAAAAUGACAUUAGAUGGAAUGGAAUGGACAGAGUUUGAAACAGUUAAUCGUGAAUAUUACCCGGCUAUAAUAUCUAAAAGUGACACAAUCAAUGACAAUGUUGUUGUUCGAGCUCGUGGACUACCAUGGCAAGCUACAGAUUUGGAAAUAUUUCAGUUUUUCAGUGGUAUAAAUAUUGCUAAAGGUGGGAUAUCAUUGGUAUUGAGUAAGAUUGGACGUAGAAAUGGUGAAGCAUUAAUACAAUUCGCAAAUGCAGAACAACAAAGUUUAGCUUUAAGAAAACAUAAACAUCAUGUUGGUAAACGAUAUAUUGAAGUUUAUGCUGCAACUGGUUCUGAUUUCAUUUCAAUAGCUGGAGGUGAAUCUCAAGAGGCAAUGAAUUUUUUGGGAAAGUUAACAACACCCAAUCAAACAUUGAUUCGAAUGCGUGGUUUACCUUAUACAACAACACCGGAACAAAUUAUUUCAUUUUUUGCAAAUAUAAAUUGUUCAAUACAAUUUAAUGCCGAUGGGAUUCUAUUUGUUAAUAAACGUGAUGGACGAGCAACUGGUGAUGCUUUUGUUAUUUUUGAGACAAAAAUUAUCGCUGAAAAAGCACUUCAAAAUAAUAAACAACAUAUUGGUAGUCGUUAUAUUGAAUUGUUUAAAUCGACUCCAGCUGAAGUCAACCAGGUAAUGAAUAGUAUUUUAAAUUCAACUUGUGAAGAACAAAUUCAUUGUUGGAAUAAUCAUUUAACAGAAUGUAACAAUUCUGUAUUUACUGCAAAUAAUAGUAAUGUAUACAUGCCACAUUUCACUGAAACCAAUAAUAAUUUAAUUUAUUCAGAUUACAAUUUGAAAUUACUGCCUAAUCAGUCAACUAUUCCAGACUUUACAUGUUCUCCGAAUCUAAUUUCAAUAAUCAACUCAAAUCCUUCAUUUGUAAACGACACAUCACUAUGUCAACCACAACAACAACAAACCCUAUCAUUUGGUUUAACACCAAAUAUACCACAAAACGGUAACUCAUACUUUCAAAGAGUUCUAUCAAGUACAAAUAUAAAUAAUUCAAUGCCUACAGAUUCAUCGAAUCAUUUCAAUAGUCUAGAUAUGUUGAAUAAUUUCAUUACUUUUAUCAAUACACCUACAACAUUAACAACAAAUAUUUUCACAUCAAAUCAGUUGAUACCAAAUCAACCUUGUGGUAGACCUAUUGCUACAGCCUGCUCAUUAAAUAGUGCUGCUGCAGUUGUGGCUAAUAAUAACAAUAACAAUCAUAAUUUUAGCUCAACAUUAGUUCUACCAAGAUUUCCAAUAAAUCCAAUACCUAUAACAAUUAACGGUGUGAAUUGUAAUAUCAAUAGUAGCAUUAAUAAUAGUUACAGUAACACCAGUAGUACUAGUGGUAGUAAUGUUAGUAUCAAUAAUACUACACCAAUUACAAAUAUUGAUGGUCAGUUCAUUAUACCAGAUCUUACUAAUUCGCAGUUGUUGCAAAUAUUUGGAUCAAAUUUGAUGAUAAAGAUAACGUCGGCGACAACAACUAUAACAACAACUACUACUACUACUGCAGUUACUACUACUAUUGCUAGUACUACGACUACUAGCAGUAGUACUAAUACUACUAAUGAUAAUGGUAGUAGCAGUAGUAAUAAUAAUAACAAAAAUGAAAUUAAUGAAAAUUUAUUAUUGAAUAUCAAUUCAUCAAUGGAACAAAUUACUAGAACAUUUGUACGUAUAUGUGGCAUGCCAAUCAAUGCUGAUAUUACAGAUAUUUUAAUAUUUCUACAAGAUAACUGGCGUAAUAUAGCCUUACAUGGAAUACACUUAGUGUAUGAUAUGACGGGCCAACCUAUUGGUGAAGCUAUGAUUCAAUUUGUAACAGAAUUAUCUGCUCAAACUGUUUGUGAACAAAAGCAUAAAAGUAUUUUCAUUAAAUAUGGAUUGCAAAUUCCAGUUGGUGUAUAUGUUGAUGUAUUUCAAUGUACAAGAGAAGAUUUAAAUCAACUAUUAUCUAAUAUGUCAAGAAAUAUUGGAAUAUUUACAAAUAAUCUCAUUCCAUCAUCAUCAACAUCAAGGUUGUCCAAUCUAAUGAAUUCAAUAAUUUUUACUCAGUUGCAUCAUUUAGAUGAUAUUACUCCUAUGCUAAAAUCAUCAAUACCAUUACAGUCAGGUUAUGGUAUUGAGCAAACUAAUUUUCUACGUAUAAAAUCUCCAGAAUUUCGCUUGAAUCCAUUUAUCAGUAAUGAAGAAUUGAACAGUUUCAAUCUACCACCACCGACAUCAAAUUUUCCAAAUUAUAUCACUGGGAUAAAUAGCACAUUUUCAUUCCCAACACCUUUAAUUGAUAAUAAUAUAACUAAUGCAUUAAUUCAAUGUACUCCUCCAUUAUCAAAUAUGCUAGGAUUUCAAAUACCGAAUUUGAUUUAUCAAACAUCAAUUCCAAAUUUCUUUACAAACAAUUCAAUGUUAAAUAAUAAUGAAUCGACUGAACUACUUUCAACUUCAAUUCCCUACUUAACGAAUUGUCAUAAGAACAAAGAUAACAUUAUCAAUAGUGGUUACAACUUAUCCGAAUUCAAGGGGAAUUCUGAUUGGACAAAUUCAUGGCCACAUAAUCGUAAUGCAGAGCAAAUUACAAUUAUGAAUAGUCCUGAAAUGCAGGUGUAUAAGACAAAUAAUCUGGUCGCUUCCAAAACAGAAAAUAAACCAAUAAUUGUAACUGUUCAAGGCUUUCCAAAAGAAAUGACCACAAGUGAUUUUACAAAAUGGUUGGAGAAAAAAAUUAACAAUGUAAAAAUAUUAUCUGUACAAUUCGAACAUUCUUUAUUAAAUGAAAUAUCUAAUGGUUUUGCUAAAGUUUAUCUACAAAAUAAUUCAGAUGCAGAAUUAAUUGUUCAAGAAUUCAACAAUACAAUAUUGAACAAUUCUCGAAUUAGUGCACAAAUCAAUUGAAUUAAAUUACAAUUCAAACGACAGAUAAAUGGCCGAACCAUUUCUAUUAUAUUAAACUGAUAUACUAAAAUAAUGUUAAAUGAACAAAACAAAAGCACGUUAUAUACUCAUUAUUAGGUAUUUAAAUCGAACUUAAUUCGAAAAAUUAAAAUAUUCGUUUCUAAUUUAUAUUUUAAAAAACAUUUAAUUUAUUUCGGAUUGUUUUGUUUGUGCUUUCUGAAUUUUUUAUGCGUCGAAUACUGAAAUGAUCG